AAAAAGAAAAAUAUUUAUUUCUUAACCUUUUCCCUUUUACAAAAUCCGUCCCUCUCCCCGUCAAUAAACCAAAAUCCUCCUUUGCUGCCCCUCCGCCAAACUCCGCCGUUACUGUCGCCAUCGCCGUCACCGGCGCACCUUAACCGCCGUGACUCUGCUGCCUUCGCCGUCUCCCCUGUAUCUUCCACCACUAAAUUUCAGUAAAAAGGAUCAUGGUGGGAUUUAAGAAUAGAUAUAUGGUGAUGGAAGUUUUUUUGGAUCCAAAUAAAGAUACUGGAGUAGAUGAGCCCAUCAUAAUCACUCAAUUUAACUUGACCAAAGCCAUCAAGGAUGUUAUUCUGACAAACUUUGGUGAAUGUGGCCUCGCCUCAUCCACGAAUUCAUUUCAAGUGAAGUAUGUGAAUCCAAUUACAAAACUUUGUAUCAUACGAGCAUCAAGAGAGGAGUAUCAAAGAGUUUGGGCUGCAAUAACGAUGGUCCGGAGUGUAGGGAGUUGCCCCGUGGUGUUCAACCUACUAGACCUAAGUGGUAGCAUCAGGGCAUGUAGAGCUGCAGCAUUGAAAUGCGAUGAAUUGAAAUUUCAGCAAUACCAGUCGUUGGCCGGAGCUCGCGUUACACCAGAGAUUCAGCAGCAAAUGCAGAACUAUCUAGACAAGAUCAAAGUUUUGGAACACUAAUAUAAAGAAGUGGACCUUGGUCCUAACUCAAGCUCAAAAACUAGCUCCUUCCCUCUCUUGAAUUGCAAACACCUGUCGAGAUUCCCUAGGGCAUCGACUGCAUCCCCUUUCCGACAUCAGAUUUACCAGCAAAAGCCUACAAUGCCUCGCAAUGCCUCAUUAACAUAUGUGACAUGUGCUUGUGCGAAAGUAAAGCACGUUAGCUGGUUAAAAUUUGUGUUCUCAAUUGUCAACUGUACAUUUGCCUUUAGAACUUGAUUAAAUUGAAGGUACAUGAAGAUAAAUUUGGGAUUUACCAUGUUUCA